AUGUUCUAUAGAACCAUUCGAUGUUUCACUACGGGUACCAGACUUCUGGCAAAGGCAGCCAUGUCAACUUCCGAGAAAAGCAGAAAAAUUCUUGGACGCGCUUCAAACAAUUUAUCAGUGGGAUUAGUUGGUCUAGCUAAUGUUGGGAAAUCGACCUUCUUUCAAGCACUUACUAAAUCCAAAUUGGGUAAUCCAGCAAACUACCCAUUUGCUACAAUAGAACCUGAAAAGUCCAUGGUGUUGGUUCCUCUGAAUAAACUAGUCCAUUAUGCAAAGAUAUAUGGGUCCCAGAAAAUGGUACCUACUAAUCUUACCAUCUGGGAUAUUGCCGGAUUGGUUAGAAAUGCAAGCAGUGGGGCCGGGUUGGGAAAUAAAUUCUUAAAUGACAUUCGACAGGUUGAUGGAAUUUUACAAGUGGUGAGAGGCUUUGUCGAUGAUGAAAUUGUCCACAUUGAAAAUAACAAAGUCGACCCGGUUAGAGACUUGGUUAUUGUGAACGAUGAAUUAAUUCUCAAGGAUUUAGAGAUUAUUGAACUGGAGAUUGAAAAAGUAAAGAAGUUGCAAAAAAAACCGGGAAUUAAUGCCAACCAAUACGACAUUCAUCUUGCUACUUUGGAUAAAUUAUCUGCUUUGUUGUACGAUGGUAUCAAAGCAGUAAAUGGUGAAUGGACUGAUGAAGAGAUCGAGGUAAUAAAUGGAUGGAAUUUACUAACCGCGAAACCAACAGUGUAUUUGCUCAAUGUCAGCAAAGAAGAUUAUGGUAAGCAAGAAAACCAGUUUUAUGAUCAAGUUCAAGAAUGGAUUUCCACCAACUCUCCAAACGAUAAACUCAUUAUGUUCAGUGCUGAGCAUGAAACUGUUCUCAACGAAUUAGAAGAGGAAGAGUUGAAAGAGUACGUUUUGGAUAUUGGCCGAGACUCUGUAAUUCCAAAAGUAGUAGAGGAAAUGAGACUGGUAUUAUCAUUGAUUUCAUUUUUCACAUGUGGAGACAUCGAAGCUAGACAAUGGACCAUCCGACUGGGAAGUACCGCACCAGAGGCAGCGGGUUUGAUCCAUACUGAUUUACAAAAGACAUUUAUCAAUUCAAUUGUAUACAAAUGGGACGACUUGAAGGAAGUAUCAGAAUUUGACGAGAACAAAUUAAAAUCUCAAGGUAAACAGCAUAAGUGUGGUAAGAAAUACGAAGUAGAGGAAGGAGAUGUUCUAAUAAUUAAAGCGGGAAGCGGUAAAGCCAGAUAA